UGCAAACGCUUUUUUUUCUGAUGUCUCCUACUGUGACAACUAUCCAAAAUGGGUCAAUUUCAUUGACUCUGUUUCUUUUCCUGCAAGAGACCAGUGGACAUUUAAAUCUGGAUCUAACACACAUUGAAGGCAGAUUUGUCGACUGUUAAAAUAAAUUGUCUAAUGGUAGCUGAGGAACUUUCCAUGGAUAACUGAAAUCUCAUGCACCAGAAUUCUAAAAAGAAUCCAAAUGAAUCCGUUUUCUGAAUGUGGACUGCUUGUGAACCUGUCUUGCAAACAGUGCUUUCUGAGACUUCCAGCAGCCUGGGAAAUGCCUUUAGGCACCAGCGUUAACCAUUUUGUUGCGAAUUGAAGCACAGAAAAAAACAGAAUGUUCAUAAUAAUCAUAUCUGAAGAAACAUCCCAUUCUGGCACCUCAAAAGGAUGAAGUGUGGAAGAAGACCGUAGCUCACUGGCUGUCCUUCCUGUGGACAUGAUUACUGAAAACAACCUGCUAUUGCUCUGCAAUUUAUGUUAGAAAUAAAAGAAGUGUUUCUACUUUCUCCAAAUUUCCCAAAAGUUAAGUUGGAACCUCCUUGGGGUGAAACGGUGACCUUUAUUUUGAGACUGGCRUCAUUGUGGACUGCUUGCUGCUUCCUUCACUUGAGGAUUUCAAGAGUUUAAAAGAAGGAUUAGUUGCUGCUCAUUUCCUUCCUUGAUAACGAAGAUGCAGUAUUUGUGAAGGAACGUAGCUGAAUAUGGAUCCAGGUGGUGGAAGUCUUGGAUUGCAGACACAAGAAUCUAAAAUGCCUCACACUAUGAUUAUGCAGGAUUUUGUGGCUGGAAUGGCUGGCACUGCUCAUAUUGACGGAGACCAUAUUGUUGUGUCAGUCCCUGAAGCCGUCCUAGUUUCUGAUGUCGUUACUGAUGACGGAAUAACUCUUGAUCACGGCUUAGCAGCAGAAGUUGUCCAAGGACCUGACAUCAUCACUGAAACUGAUGUUGUUACAGAAGGUGUAAUUGUUCCCGAUUCUGUUCUGGAAACCGAUGUUGCUAUUGAAGAAGCUUUAGAUACCAGUGAUCAUGUUUUGACUUCCGAUCUAAUAACAGAAACUGUUAGAGUUCCUGAUCAGGUCUUUGUGGCAGACCUUGUUACGGGUCCCGAUGGACAUUUGGAGCACGUGGUGCAAGACGCUGUGUCAGGAGCCAACUCRCCUACGAUGGUUUCGGAAGAAGUUCUUGUAACCAACUCGGAUUCGGAAGCGGUGAUUCAAGCAGCUGAUACUGUUCCUGGCUCCACAGUGACUAUAAAAACAGAAGAUGAUGAUGAUGGCAAGAGUACAUCGGAAGACUACCUAAUGAUAUCCUUGGAUGAUGUUGGAGAAAAAUUGGACCAUAUAGGAAGCACCCCUCUAAAAAUCAGUACAGAGGUGUCAAAUGAUGAUGUUGCUAAAGAUGAUGGGUUUGGUUCAGAAGUUAUCAAAGUUUAUAUAUUUAAAGCUGAAGCUGAAGAUGAUGUCGAAAUAGGCGGGACAGAAAUUGUCACAGAGAGUGACUUUCACAAUGGACAUUCUGUAGCUGGAGUAAUUGAACAAGGAGGAGUUGGUAGAAUGCAGCGAGAAAAAAUGGUUUACAUGGCUGUUAAGGACUCUUCUCAGGAAGAUGAAGAUAUUAGCUGUGCUGAAAUAGCAGAUGAAGUUUAUAUGGAAGUUAUUGUAGGUGAAGAAGAAGCUACAUCCCUCCCAGAGACACAGCUGGAAGACUCUGGCGUGAAUAAAACUUUUGUGCCUGUUGCUUGGGCUGCUGCUUACGGAGAUGAAAGAAGACUACCCAGAAGAUACGAAGAUGGUCAAACGACAGGAAAUAACUUGGAUACACGAUUAGAAAACAAAAACGGUAAUGCAACACAAUACCUGCAGAUUUGUGAUAGCAUUAGCACUAAUAGAGUGCUAAAACAAAAAACCAAGAAAAGGAGGAGAGGAGAGGCCAGGCAAUGGCAAACAGCUGUUAUAAUAGGUCCUGAUGGACAGCCCUUAACAGUUUACCCUUGUCACAUAUGUGGGAAAAAAUUUAAAUCCAGAGGAUUCUUGAAAAGACAUAUGAAGAAUCAUCCAGAUCAUAUGAUUAAGAAGAAAUACCAGUGUACAGACUGUGACUUUACAACUAACAAAAAAGUAAGUUUCCACAAUCAUCUGGAAAGCCAUAAACUUAUAAAUAAAGUCGAUAAAACCCAUGAGUUUACAGAAUACACGAGAAGAUACAGAGAAGCAAGCCCUUUAAGUUCUAAUAAGCUAAUACUGAGGGACAAGGAGCCUAAACUGCACAAGUGCAAAUAUUGUGACUAUGAAACUGCAGAGCAGGGACUACUCAAUAGACAUCUCCUUGCCGUGCACAGUAAGAACUUUCCUCACGUGUGUGUGGAGUGUGGGAAAGGCUUCCGGCAUCCUUCAGAGCUGAAAAAGCAUAUGAGGACCCACACGGGGGAAAAGCCAUACCAGUGUCAGCACUGUGUCUUCAGGUGUGCUGACCAGUCCAAUCUGAAAACCCACAUCAAAAGCAAACACGGGACCGAUCUGCCCUUUAAAUGUGAGCACUGUCCCCAGGCGUUUGCAGACGAAAAGGAACUGCAGGAGCACACAGAGUUGUUCCAGGGGCAUAAGACUCACCAGUGUCCACAUUGUGACCAUAAGAGCACCAACUCGAGUGACCUGAAGCGCCACAUUAUUUCAGUUCACACAAAGGAUUUUCCCCACAAAUGUGAGGUGUGUGAAAAAGGCUUCCACCGGCCAUCUGAGCUCAAAAAGCAUAGCGAAACCCAUAAAGGUAAAAAGAUACAUCAGUGUAGACACUGUGACUUUAAAACGUCCGAUCCUUUUGUACUUAGCGGGCAUAUCCUCUCGGUUCACACCAAGGACCUGCCUUUUAAAUGCAAAAGAUGUAAAAGAGGAUUUAGGCAGCAAAUUGAACUUAAGAAGCACAUGAAGACCCACAGCGGAAGAAAAGUUUAUCAGUGCCAGUAUUGUGAAUAUAGCACUACGGAUGCGUCGGGCUUUAAGCGGCACGUGAUAUCCAUCCACACGAAAGACUAUCCGCACAGGUGUGAGUAUUGCAAAAAGGGGUUCCGUAGGCCCUCCGAGAAAAACCAGCACAUAAUGAGGCACCACAAAGAGGCCAUACUGUAGCACCCGCUGUCGGGAAGGAAGCGAUUAGAAACUGUGAUACACUAAUUGGGGAAAAAAAAAUCUCAUGAACUGUUUCUCCUGGUUUCAAAGCUUGAUAUUAAAUCAUAACUUUACAUUCUUUGUAUCAAAAGUCUUAAAAGUAUUAGGGUUGACAGGGGAUCUCAUAGCCCUAUGAUUGUUGCUUAGCAGAACCUAAAAAAGAGCACUAUAGAAUGCAGAAAGAUGGAUGAAUGUGUGAAAUAGUGCAGAAAGAUUGCUGAAUGUCUGCAGAUAACUAGUAUUACACGUCGWUAAGCUGUGGAAGACGAAACAAAGGUGAUUGUGUUACCCAUUUUGUCAGUAAUAGCACUUGUCUCCGAUAUGAAAACAGUUCAGAUCCCUGCUGGGGUUACCUGCAAAUUAUUUGCU